AAAAAAGUAAAAGAAAAGAAAGACAAUGACUCACACAAUUCUCUCCAAACAACUAGUGGCACCAAAACCAGACAAAGAAGCAAAUUCAUCUCAAAUUUCCAUCCUUGUGUUUGACAUUGAUACUUUUCAGACACAUACAUGCACACACACAAAAAUUCUUCUACAUUUUCCAAACCAACAACCUUUGACUCUCUGAAAUCCUAACCAUGAAACUGUCUCAGGCAUUGGUGCAGAAACCAUUCACUCUAACACCAUCAUCUUUAAUUCACUGUCAAAAUUCUAUAUUCAGCUGUUAUGGCAAAAGGGUCUCUGUGUUGGGAUAUAAAAGUUUCAGGUUUUCAGAUUUUGUGUGCAGUAGUAGUUCAGAAGCUUCUGUUUCUUCAUCUGCUGUGAAUGCUUCGUCGCCGCUUGUUGCUUCCAAUUCUGGUUUUGAUUCUGUUGUAUCUCAUCAGGAGAUGCCAGGGAAGUUGGAAGGCAUAGAAGAAGGCAUUGAGAAGGUGAUUUAUAGAUGCCGGUUUCUUGCUAUUAUUGGAGUUUUUGGGUCUUUAAUUGGAUCAAUUCUAUGCUUCAUUAAGGGCUCCACAUUCGUUGCAGAGUCUUUUUUGGGAUACUUGGUAAACCGUAGUAAAGUAAUUCAAAUGCUGAUAGAAGCUCUUGAUCUCUAUCUUUUAGGAACGGUGAUGCUAGUCUUUGGAAUGGGUCUGUAUGAGCUCUUUGUGAGUAAUCUUGAUAGUGCAAGCUCUCUGCAAGAUCAAAAACCUUCUGAUAGAUCAAAUCUAUUUGGCAUAUUCACUUUGAAGGAACGACCAAAAUGGUUGGAUAUAAAAACAGUAAAUGACCUAAAAACCAAGGUUGGUCAUGUGAUAGUGAUGCUGCUUCUGAUUGGUUUGAUUGACAGAAGUAAGAAGGCUACUAUUCAAACUCCUGUGGAUUUGCUAUGCUUCUGUGCUGCUGUCUUUCUUUCUUCUAGCAGUCUCUUUUUGCUGUCCAAGCUGAACGAGGCUCAUUAAACUUUAUUUUCAUAUGUCAUCACUCACGAGAAUGUAAGGAUAUAAGAAGAAGUGCUAUAAUAGAUACACACACAUGAAGAUGUAGGUGACAUAUGAUAUUUUCUCUUAUUCUGUAUAUAUAUUAGGAUCAAAUAUGAUGCAUGUCUUAGGUUUUUUUUAUUUAUAAGCGAAAAUUUAUUCCAAGGGAGUACAAAUGGUA